UUAACAGACUAUUUGCAAAUAAUCCGCAAAUAACCCACAUAAUAUAGGUUAUUUUAAAAUCCCAAUAAGUAACCCGCAGAAUGGGUUGUAAGCUUAUAACCCACCCCGCGAUGCGGAUAACUUAUGGAUAUCCGCAACCCACAGGUUAUUUUUGCGCAGCCUAAUCAGAGAAUGUCUCCGAUAAUGAGAGGUCGUGGAUCAGAAGCAAAACAAGUAAAAGGAUACGCUUGGGUGAAAGGUACUCUGGGCUACGAGACGAUUUGCUUAUUAAGCUGGGUAAAGUGCCGGGCGAAUUCAUGUGAGCACAAUCUCUGCCUUGCGCAAUGUUCACCAGCUUGAACUGAACUACCAGUGAAAAGUGUUCUGUCGACGAAUACGCAAUGAUUCAAGGGUAUCUCAACACGAUUCCGACCUCUGGAAGUCACAGUACUCUGGUGGUGGAUCUUAAGAAUGCAUUUGUGGGACUAAAGGGUAUCAGCGAUACUCAACUGGACGCGAUUAUUCAGACUGGAAAGUUCUAUCCAUAUUUGAACAUUACAGGUUGCCCUGAUAUUGAUAGGUAGGUUUUCCACGAUGAACAAUCACAAAAAGCUCAUUAAUAUAAAUAGUGUGAAUGUCCAAUCAAGAAAACGAAAAACCUCCGAAGGCCACGCUCCUGCUAAGAAGAGACAAUGCGGCGAGAACAACUAUGAGCGAGGCUCCAACGCAGAAUCUCCUAGUCGAGAAACAAGCUACCAGGAUAACGCGAACAGUGGCAGGAUGGUUGUGUUGGUCAGCGCAGUCGGUCUUUGCAAUCCCCCAUCAACACAGAAAGUAAUGGCGGUCAUCAUUGUGAUCAAACUUAUAUUCCCCAACGACAUGGCAAAAAUCCUGAGACCUCUACGUCAAAUCUCAACUAUGAAGUCGAAGCAUUAGACGUCGCCAUUGAUCCCGUCUAUUGGUGCUAUGAUCCAGCUUCUACAUUCGCACCGCUAGCCAUGCAGCAAUGGCCAUACGAUAUUGAAAAUCUAACAUCACUUUUACCAGCUUCUAACGAGCGAAACCUGUUCGCCUUCGAAGUUGAGCCUGACAACCAGCAAUAAAUAACACCCUUUGAGUUUUGAUAAAAAUCCCACCACGAUUACGAUGGAGUGAAUGCGAACACAGUCCCAGGUCUUUGUCGCGUUGCAGUUUGAUGCCUAGAAUAACAGAGCAUCACAAUAAAAUUG